UGUGAAAUAGUGACUAAAGAAAAAAAAAGUGAAGUGAAAAAAUGGCUCGUACUAAGCAAACUGCCCGUAAAUCGACUGGUGGCAAAGCACCACGUAAACAAUUGGCUACUAAGGCUGCUCGCAAGAGUGCACCAGCUACCGGUGGUGUUAAGAAACCUCAUCGUUACCGCCCUGGUACUGUAGCUUUGCGUGAAAUUCGCCGUUACCAAAAGAGCACUGAAUUGUUGAUCCGCAAAUUGCCAUUCCAACGUUUGGUUCGUGAAAUUGCUCAAGAUUUCAAAACUGAUUUGCGUUUCCAGAGCUCUGCGGUUAUGGCUCUUCAAGAGGCCAGUGAAGCUUAUUUGGUUGGUCUUUUCGAAGAUACCAACUUGUGUGCCAUCCAUGCUAAACGUGUCACCAUUAUGCCAAAGGAUAUCCAAUUGGCCAGACGUAUUCGUGGCGAACGUGCUAGUUUAGUUGGAAAAAAAAAGUGAAGUGAAAAAAUGGCUCGUACUAAGCAAACUGCCCGUAAAUCGACUGGUGGCAAAGCACCACGUAAACAAUUGGCUACUAAGGCUGCUCGCAAGAGUGCACCAGCUACCGGUGGUGUUAAGAAACCUCAUCGUUACCGCCCUGGUACUGUAGCUUUGCGUGAAAUUCGCCGUUACCAAAAGAGCACUGAAUUGUUGAUCCGCAAAUUGCCAUUCCAACGUUUGGUUCGUGAAAUUGCUCAAGAUUUCAAAACUGAUUUGCGUUUCCAGAGCUCUGCGGUUAUGGCUCUUCAAGAGGCCAGUGAAGCUUAUUUGGUUGGUCUUUUCGAAGAUACCAACUUGUGUGCCAUCCAUGCUAAACGUGUCACCAUUAUGCCAAAGGAUAUCCAAUUGGCCAGACGUAUUCGUGGCGAACGUGCUUAAUUUAAUGCGGAUGUGUGACGAUGAUGAUGAUGUAUA